AUGAGCCCUCGCAAGAACAUGAAGAAUGCUGAAGAACAACACCCUCCAGCACCGUUCGCGGAGGAUGACACCGCUUCCCAAGGUGAUGAUGCGUUCGAAGGGCUCAGUCAAGAGUUCAUCAAGGAGUAUUGGGCGGCCUACGACGCGCUUAAUAACCUGAACAUCAACGACGACGAAGAACAGAACGUAAACGAUGAUCCUUCUGAAGACUCUCAGUCCACUCCAGGCGGAUACGAGCAAGAGCAGCGUGGCGAAAUGCCAUAUCUGUGUUCUAACGGAAACGAGCCUCCACCGCAGUUCCGGGUAAACUACCGUGCCGCUGUACAGCCACCGCAAUGUCCACUAGCUCCGGUCCAGCAAAACCCGGUUCCUAUAGCUCCACCUCCAACUUUCAUCUUCCGAGAUGCUGCGAACUUCGAUCCUAGGGUCUUUGCAAAUGCGCAUCAAGCUCAGCCUGUGUGGUACUCCGUUGAGGGCGUUCCCGAAUCGAUCGAACGACGUGGUCGAAGUGGUCGAAAUCAUCUUCGAUUAGCUCUACCCUUUCACGGUGAAUCCGUCCAAGAUUACUACCCAAGGGGCGUCGUGCCAGGUGGAUACAGUCGUGGUGUUCAAGGCAUGCCCCGCAACUUGUUUCCUCAUCGGUCUGUGCCGAUCAUGCGUCGUCCCGAUGGAAGACAGAACGAACGAAUGCCGUUUGCACCGCCACGCCCAUUGGAUAGAGACAUGGCUCCUCCCAUGGAACGCGACCUCUUGUUUGAAAUGUGGGCCGAUGCCUUUGUUGAGAGUAGAAGAAUGGAGCAGGAUAUGGCAGCAUUCAGGGAAAGACUCCAGCGGCUGUACAAGUUUUGUUACAGGUCUUAG